AGCAGCCACUAAUUAAGAAAGCAUUUAAGCUCAAUACCUAACUAUCUUAAAUUCUAACCAGUCUACUGAACUCCUAACAUCACAUUGGACUAAUCUAUUACUUAAUAGAAGCAAUAAUGUUAAUACAAGUAACAUGAAGACAUUCUCCAUUGCAUAAGCUCACAUCAGAUGGGAGUAACCCACUGGCAGUUAACAUCCCAAUAUUAAUAAAUGAUUUAAUAAAUACCGUAUUAUUUGCACUGUUAACCCAACACAGGCAUGCUCUAAGGAAACAUUACAAAAAAUAAAAGGAACUCAGCAAAUCUUACCCCGGCUGUUUACCAAAAACAUCGCCUCUAGCAUUACCAGUAUUAGAGGCACUAUCUGCCCAGUGACAUAUAUUCAAUGGCUGUGGUAUCCUGACCGUGCGAAGGUAGCAUAAUCACUUGUUCUCUAAAUAGGGACUUGUAUGAAUGGCCACACGAGGGUUCAGCUGUCUCUUACUUUCAACCAGUGAAACGGACCUAUCCGUGAAGAGGCGGAUAUAAACAAAUAAGACGAGAAGACCUUAUGGAGCUUUAAUUCAUCAAUGCAAACA